GGCUUUCGCAGUUCACACAACGUUUCAUAAUAAAACCUCUUUUGAUUGAACUGUCAAAAAUUGUCACAAUAAUUAAAAACUCUUUCGUAUUACGUUUGAAAAGUUGUCACCUAAGUUUUUAAUCUGUGCGGUUCCCGCGCUUUUUUUAUGACAGUUUAAAAUGCGAGACUGUGCGUGUGUGAGUGGGUUUUUUACGUACUGCCUUUAAAAAAGGUUUUUUAUUAUGUCGUGCUAGUGAUAUUUGCUGGAUUAUUUUGUGAGAUGGCGUAACGAAAUCAGCAAAGAUGGCGGCGGUUUCUUCCGCUCAUUUACAAGAUCAAAUCAAAAUCCAAGACCACAGCGAUGAUGACCAGGAUCCGUACUCGCCCAACACAAGAGACACCAUCAGCCCUGACUAUCACGAUGAGGAAAAGCAAGAGGAAAGACCCUUACAUACGUCCUCUUUUUCCAUUCACAAUGUCUUAAAGAAAGAAAGAGAAACGAAUAGUCCCGAAAAUGUUUUCUCAACAGAUAAAUUAUUGCAGAAUACUCCGAAUUUCGAGGAAACUUCGAGGAAUUCGGAAAGCGUCAGUCCGAGGAUAGAUGAUGAACAUACUGACAGGGCGGAUAUAAGCGUGGAUGAUAAUUCAUGCUGCAGCGAUGAUACGGUGCUAUCAGUUGGAAACGAGGCUCCUGUGUCGAGUUAUCACAGCGAGAAGUCUCAAGACACACAAGGACUGACUUCGUUUAAACACAUACAGACGCACUUGAACGCGAUAUCACAGUUGAGCCAAAACUUAAACAUUAACCAACCGAUCCUUCUUCGACCGAACCCAAUAACACCAAAUCCUCUAAUGUUUCUGAACCAACCGUUGCUAUUCCAAAACCCAUUGAUGAAUCAGGUCGAUCUAAAAUCUGGCAUACCAAGAAUGGCAUUACCGCAAAACAGCUUAAACUUAAACCAGCAGUUCAAUAUGAAUUUCGUGAGAAAGAGUCAGGAGUCCUUGAACAGAGUUGACGAGAAUCGCCGACAGAAUCAUAACGUGUCCCCCAAAUCGCCAGAUAAUGUAUCCGAGAGGGACUUUAUCAAUCAGAACUGUUUGAAAUUUAGUAUAGACAAUAUAUUAAAAGCUGAUUUUGGUAGACGGAUUACUGAUCCGUUGACGAAGAGAAAAACUAUCAAGUCGAGACAGUUUGAAGUAAAAGCUUCACCUGUGAAGGAAACUUCGCCAGCUAAGGAGGUCGAGGCAAGGGUACCAGAAGUUAAGCCAGGUGAUAAAGGUGCAAUAGAUCUAUCUAAAGGCGAUGACAGUGGAAGCAACGCUUCAUCAACUCCAGGUACAGCAAGCGACGGUCCGAUGGUGUGGCCCGCGUGGGUUUACUGCACAAGGUACAGCGAUCGACCCAGUUCGGGACGAAGUAAGUACGGGGCCCGCUCAGGGACACAACGUCCUCGCACCAGAAGACCUAAGAAGCCGCCUGGAGAUGGGACUCCAACUGAUGAAAAGAGGCCUAGGACUGCAUUUUCGGGACCACAGCUUGCUAGACUAAAGCACGAGUUCGCAGAAAACCGUUACCUCACCGAGCGUCGAAGACAGAGUCUCGCUGCAGAACUGGGUUUGGCGGAGGCACAGAUCAAAAUAUGGUUUCAAAAUAAACGAGCCAAGAUCAAGAAGGCAUCCGGACAGAGGAACCCGUUAGCGUUGCAAUUGAUGGCACAAGGGUUGUACAACCACAGCACGAUACCGCUGACGAAAGAAGAAGAGGAAUUAGAAAUGAAGGCAAGAGAAAGAGAACAGAGUAAUAGACAAUGAAGUGUGACUCUUAUUGUGAAGAAGUUAAAGUAAAGAUUAAAGUAGAAGCCUGUGUUUCCUUAUCAGGAGGUUUUGUAGCUUAUUGCAUCAUGCUGAUCCAAUGAAGGUUGGUGAAUACGUGUUGGCGGAUUUUCUUUAGAAGAAUUCAGUUUUUCUCACGAUGACUCUUUGCAAAUU